AUGCAUCAUCUCUUCAAAGGCGUCACUGUCGAGGUCAUCUCCCAGGGAAAACCUCUCAAGCUCUACGAUGAUCCGGAUGGGGAUCCCAGUCCAAGGACACCACAACGAUACAUCGAGGCUGUCACUGAUGCCAUCUUCAAGGUCAGAAUUACCUUGAGUGACAAGUUCUCGUUGUACCGGCUCCAGCCUGAUGACGGUGUACGUCUUUCCAUCAUUUACGACGGUCAACAGCUCGAGUGGUACAAAGACUUCUCCACCUGGGAACUCUCACAACGAUGGAGCAAGGGACAGCCAGCAGAGCACGUCUUCUCACACCUCUCACGUUACUGCAAUCACUCUCAGCAAUGGACCAUAGGCGAGACCACUUUCGGCGCCUUGAGCACAAGAGACACUGUUGAUUCAGGUCCUUCAGUGGCCGAAGUGAAAGAUCUCGGCAAGAUACAAGUGUCAAUCCGCCGCGUGCACAGGACCAAACGAGCACUACCUCUGCAUACCCCGAAGGAUAAGAUAGGGAAGCCGAUUGUUGAGGUAUCCGAGAAGAUACUGAAGGGCAGAGCUAUUGUCAACACAGUCCUCACAGCCAACCAUUUGCCUUCAAGUGGACCGCCUCCCACGACCUAUGACAUCAGAUCUAUGAAUGGAGUGGAGGGUGCGCCCUUGACGUUUAACAUUCUAUACCGUUCGAAGCACAAUCUCCAAAUGCUAGGAUGUAUUCCUCGAACCCCAUCCCCUGAGCACGAGACUGCCGCAACCAUCAGCGAUGUCGCUAGUCGAGAACAGAAAGUGCGAGAGCUGCGAGCUCAACUUGCCCUUCUGGAAGGCGCCGGGAACGUCAAAGCUGAAGGCUCAGUCUCACGGGCAACAGUAAAGCGCGAGUUGGAAGACACAGAAAACGCAGGCUCCAGAAAACGUUCUCGAAACUCCCGUCCAAUCGAGACCAUCGACCUCACGGACGACUAG